AUGACUUCUUCACGCCCCUCGAUUGUGAACACCAGCCUCUCGACAUUCGCACCGCCCCCAGCCUCGCCGCAGUCGCCCAGAAAACUUCGCAAAUUCCAAUCGCAUCAGACUCUGACGUCGACCUCAUUUUCAACUUUCGGGCAGCCUCCGGCGACACAGGGAGUCCCCGCCCGCCAGCGCGGUGCACUUGCCAAUGCCGCUCCACACGACACACCAUCCGAUGCUCAGCUCGAUUCGGCUGGGCGACAUCAUAGCCGUCAGCGAGCCAGAUCGAAUAGCGAUACUGGCUCCAGCUUGGCAACUCCAUUGGUGACAGCACCUCCAAAGGCAAGGCGACCGGCCAGGAAGACCGGCUCUUCGGGGUAUUUCUUGAAGCGAUCGGGCCUCGAAACAUUCCUGCGUGAUGGGCCGGCAGAUGGCAAGCUUCUCGAAACACUGCAGGAACUGAGGUUGAUGGUGUUGUCAAAUAAAGUGGAUGCUGAUUCUGAUGGCAUGUCUACCCAUCGAAUAUAUCUGUGGUUGGUGCUUUUUGCCAUUCCUCCAUUACCAACAGACGAAUACCUCAAUCUCGUGCAUCGAGGGCGAUCUCCAGUAUAUACAAAAAUCAGAAAUGAUACUUUUCGGACACUAGCCACGGAUCCUCUAUUUAAACGGCGGGUCACCGAGGCAAGUCUGAUACGAUUGCUGAAUGCGGUUGCAUGGAAGCUACACGACACGCAGAAUGCCAAACCACGCUCGCGACCGUCUUCAAGAAGGAAAGAGUUACUGGAACUUGCCAUCGACAGUCCACCAACCAUCGCCGAAGAACCCGAGGGAGAUCCAGGGAGGGAAAUGAGUGGUGCAAUAGGCAAAGGGGCUAUCUAUGUCCAGGGCAUGAACGUCCUUUGCGCCCCCUUUCUCUACGCAGCUCGCAGUGAAGUAGAAGCCUUUACUCUCUUUCAUUACUUUGUGACCAAAGAAUGCCCCGGUUAUGUUCGAGGUGCAAUGGACGGGGUGCACAAGGGUCUGCGAUUGGUUGAUCGUUGUCUAGAAAUCGUCGACCCCAAGCUUGCCAGCUAUCUAUUUUCAAAGGGAAUGCAAGCCGAAUUGUAUGCAUUUCCAUCUGUCCUUACCCUGUGCGCCUGCACUCCGCCUCUACCGGAAGUUCUUCAUCUAUGGGAUUUCCUAUUUGCGUACGGUCCACAUCUAAACAUUCUCUGCAUCGUGGCACAACUCAAUUGCAUGCGAGAUGCCAUCAUGCAAAGUGAUAGUCCGAAUAAACUGUUGCGCUCGUUCCCGCCUCUCGAAGCAGACAAAAUCAUCAGCCUUACAGUGUCCUUCAUACAGAAAAUCCCUGAUGAUCUUUACGGCGACCUCGUUGAUCACGCCAAAUAA